CUUUCUUUUCUGAUCAGUCUGUUAGCAAACAUUGAGCAUGAGCUCUCACUAUGAUCAUUAUUGACUGUUACUAUAGCUCACUCACUGGUCCAGUUGGGCACCUUGGUACAGCUCAGCAAAAGGACUUGCAUUCCUGGGAAACAGCAUGGAGUGAGGAAGAGGGCUUCGGUGUUGGACAGACUUCACUUUGAACCCAGCUUUCUUCGCAGAAAAUUUGAGUCAAGAGGAUCUUGGCUGUGUCCACUGGCAAAUUGAGCACCUGAUUGUGUCACUUAACACGCCACUCGGAGGCCGGGAAGAAGUCCUAGAUGGACGAUCACAUGAGGAGAGAGGUGGAGCCAUUGAAGCCAACUCAGCUGAGACCUCAGACACGUGAGAGAGGACGUGUGAGAAUGGCUAUUCUCCACCCAACCCGCCAACUGAAAGCAGCCACAUGAGUGAGCUCAGCCCCCAGCCCGCCAUGAUCCCUCCAGGCAACAUCCUGCUUCUACUUUUGCUCCCAGUGGCUGCUGCUCAGAUAACUCCACAUUCCUGUUCAGGAUGUGGGCCACUCCCGGCAGGCCCUGUAGCUGCUGAUGCUGUGGUGUCUCUGCUAAUCCUGGUGGUGGUGUUUAUGUGUGCCAGCCCAUGUGACACGCCCAUCCAAGAAGAUGGCAAAGUCUACAUCAACACUCCUGGCAAGGGCUGACUCCUGUAACUGGGACCUCUGACUUCUGACCCUCUCAUCCUGGAUUGUGUGCGGUGGCACAGGAAACCUACUCAAUAAAGCAACUGAAAUACCUCUAAAAAAAAAAAAAAAGAAUAAUGGGAGUUAAUUUUCUCACUGUUGGAAAAGGGAGUUAUAAAUAUGGAAACAAGAAAACUAAUAUCCAAGGACAUUUCCCUGGA